CGAACCUCAAAGCAUCUCCUCAUUUAGCAGUGCGAUCGGCAAGAACGUCGGUAACGCGACUUCAUCGGAGAGCUUCUCCCGAAACCCUAAUUGUUCGUCGACCAGGAAGAAGUCUCACUACCAUGGGGAAGAAACAGCAUAGUAAGGAUCGGAUGUUCAUAACCAAGACUGAAUGGGCGACGGAGUGGGGCGGCGCUAAGUCCAAAGAAAUCCGAACUCCUUUCAAGCGUCUUCCCUUCUAUUGCUGCGCGCUUACAUUUACGCCUUUUGAAGACCCUGUUUGCACUGAAGAUGGUAGUGUGUUUGAUCUCAUGAAUAUUAUACCAUACAUUAGAAAAUUUGGAAAGCAUCCAGUUACGGGAGCUCCGCUAAAGCAAGAUCAACUCAUUCCACUUACUUUCCACAAGAACACAGAAGGUGAGUUCCAUUGCCCUGUCAUGAACAAGGUUUUUACAGAGUUCACACACAUUGUUGCUGUAAAGAAUACAGGCAAUGUCUUCUGCUACGAGGCAAUUAAAGAGUUAAACAUUAAACCAAAGAACUGGAAGGAACUUCUCACUGAUGAGUCAUUUACUAAACAAGACCUGAUUACUAUUCAGAAUCCUAACACGCUGGAUGCCAAGGUACUUGUGGAUUUUGAUCAUGUCAAAAAAAGUUUGAAGGUCGAUGAUGAAGAAUUGAAGAAAAUGCAAUCAGAACCAUCUUACAAUAUAAAUGCAACCGGGGAUAUCAAACAAAUGCUAAAAGAGCUUGGUACCGAGAAAGCAAAGGAGAUUGCAAUGCAAGGUGGAGGCGGGACCAAGGCACAGAAUGAAAGGGCAGCUGCACUCUCUGCCAUUCUAGAUGCCAGAAUACGUGUCAAAGAAGACUCUAAGUCAAGUGAAAAUGGUGAAGGUAAACCCAAACAGGCCUUCAGUAUUGUAGAUGCUGCAUCUGCCUCAGUUCAUGGAAGAAGUGCUGCUGCUGCUAAGUCUGCUUCGAGUGAUAAAGCUGCUGCACGGAUUGCAUUGCACAUGGCCGGAGAAAGGGAACCUGUAAAUGCUAAACUGGUCAAGAGUCGUUUCACUACCGGUGCUGCUUCACGAUCCUUCACUUCUACCAGUUAUGACCCUUUGACAAUAAAUGAAUAUGAAUAUGUCAAAGUUGAGAAAACCCCUAAGAAGAAAGGUUAUGUUCGGCUUCAGACAACACAUGGUGAUUUGAACAUUGAGCUGCACUGUGAUCUAACACCAAGAACGUGUGAGAACUUCAUCACAUUGUGUGAACGUGGCUAUUAUAAUGGAGUGGCUUUUCACAGAAGCAUUAGGAAUUUCAUGAUUCAAGGGGGCGAUCCUACUGGAACGGGACGAGGUGGUGAGUCUAUAUGGGGAAAACCAUUCAAAGAUGAAGUGAAUUCCAAGUUAUUACAUUCUGGAAGGGGUGUUGUUAGCAUGGCAAACUCAGGACCACAUUCAAAUGGUUCUCAAUUUUUUAUCCUCUACAAGUCUGCGAAUCAUUUAAAUUACAAACACUCAGUUUUUGGUAUGGUCGUUGGAGGAUUGACAACCCUUUCAGCAAUGGAGAAGGUCCCAGUUGAUGAUAAUGACCGGCCUCUGGAAGAAAUAAAGAUCAUUGAUGUAGAAGUCUAUGUGAAUCCAUAUGCAGAAUCUGAUGAUGAAGAAGAUGGUGAGAAACCAGGCGAUGAGAAGAAAAUUGAGGAUGAGGAUAAUGAUAAGGUUGGUUCAUGGUACAGCAAUCCUGGAACCGGGUCAGACACUCAAGCGGUUAGCGGUGGUGUUGGGAAAUACUUGAAAGCAAGGAAUGCUCAAGCUGAUCUUAAUUCCCUCCCACCAAUUCCUUCCUCAAAGAAGAGGAAAGUCGGUGUCUCCACAGAAUUCAAAAAUUUUUCUGCCUGGUAACUCUUAUUACCCAAGAGGAAGGUUCUGGAGAGCAAAGCUUGUUAAGAGCAGCCCAAGCUCAACCAAGAAGUUGGCAACUCCCUGUGGACAGAUGUUGUAUUCAUUAAACACAAUUUUUCUCCCAGACUUUUGAUACUCUAAUUAAAAAGUAUAUGUUCUUUCACUGAAUAUUCAUCUGUUUUUUUACCAAAGCUGUGCUGUAUGAAGCUGAUAGCUAUUGGGAAAGGAGAGCUUAUGCUCAUGGGUGCCUUGUGAUGCCUGGCUAGUCCUUGGAGGGAACCAAUCUAUGUCUUUAUCCUAUCACUAGUCCUGUAGAGUCUCUCAGAAAGUGUCCGGACCUAAACAUCAUUAUAGGAAGCAAGGAAGCAUGCCAUUUGAAAGCAGCUGAAAGAGAAAAUGAUGUCAUGUGCCCGUUUAAUCCCUCACCUGAUCAUUUUGUCCGUCUCCUAAAGACCGGAGAGAGUAGCCUUUUGCAACAUACUCGGCAUAAAAGACACAAAUCUGU